AUGACCGAGAAGCUCCAUGGUCGUGUCAUCGACGUGUUUGAGAAACACAACUUUGGCACCAUCUGCAUGACGUCCGUCGAUCAGUUGGCCUCGCAAUUCAAAGCGACCUCCAUGGGCAAGUGGUUGCAACAGUCCCUUCGGUCAACUUCAGACCCACUCACUGACCUGGACUUGAUCGAAUCGAUGCCGUUCCAGAAAGGAGGUGCCACAAACCCUCAAGAUGAACUUGAAUACUGCUUUCGGAAAGGUCAGACCCAAGCUCAAUCCACCCUGCUCAAGCAGACCUACAAGGAGACGUACGUUCGGCAUGGUCGUGGCACUGCAGAAGACGGCGAGAGAGCCUGGGAGCGUAGCCCUCUGAACGCGAAAGGAGACCCAGAGUAUGUUUUCUAUGACGAAAAGGGUCGUUCGGAGUUUCAAAAACUCUUAUCUGAGGUCAUGAAAGCGGUCAAAGAUUCUACCACAGAACUGCAAAACGCCAAAACAGAAGCAACCAACUACGCCCGGGGAACGAGUAGAGGCACCAAGGAUUCGACGCAGCAAGCCAUGGAGCAGUACCAUAUCGAGUCUCUCCAAUACGUCGUUGGCGCCACCGUCCGUGCCUACUCCUGCCUGGCGAGUAUUCGCGAGGAGUUCAGCGAGAUUCUGCAGUCGCACUACACAUGGCUCUACGCAACCCAUCAGCCUGGGGUCUCAGGCAUUGAUGCUGGGGGCACUGAUGAGUCUAGGCUUCUGGAGAGCACGGCGGCCCAGUCAGGCUGGGAAGUGGCUGUGUCAGAUGCUGUGAGCAUUUUGUGCCGCCACCAAGCUUCCCUCAAUCACAUCAUGCGCGCUUCACGUCACGUGGAUAGAUUCGUUCUGAAUACCUCCAUACAGCCUCUUGUAACUGACUGGACGAAAAGGAACUUGAUGUCCACGGCUGAAUUAUUGGCCUCCUUCAAGGGCAAUAAUGGAAAGCCGCUCCCAAACGAGGAGCAGCUCGCACUGGCUGAGUUCUUUGACGGCCACAAGACGGCCCAUUAA